UUUUUGGAGAUUUUGAAUCAUUAUAAAGCGGGGUUUUGUACAUUGUCAGGUUUGUCAAUAGUAUAAAAUGAGGCUUAAAAGGUAUCAUAAUUUGUUUUGGAACCAGGUUUGAUUAGUAGAAUAAUAUCAAAAUUUAGGAGAAAAGAGUUUAUUAUUACCUUAAAUUUGGGAUGAUUUAUAAAUUUAUAGGGAAAAUUUAAGAAGAAUACUAAUGAAAGAAUUCAGAUGAGCAAUAGCUUUACUCAAAGGAGUGGGAGAAGAGACCUUGGGUCUAACAAGUGCAGUAAGAAAAGAAAAAUUAUGUGCAAAAGUCCUCCCCCAAUACCAGUCAUUAAAAGGACUAAGGGUCUCAAACUAAACCCAAAUGUGUUGGCUCGAAGAAAUUUGAAUAACUCAAGUAACAGGAUGCUCUCUCCUAAUUUCCAAAGAAAUCAGAGAUUAUGAUCACCUAUUGCAGAAGAAAAUAAAAGAAGAAUUGGGAACUUUAGGUUCAAUAAAAGAGUACUUCAAAACCCCCUCUUAAGCCUGAGAAGCAAAUUGAAAUAUUUCUCUCCUCUUGAAAGGAGAAUCGUUCAGAUUGCCUGUAUCAACUCCUCAUCUCUUUGAACUAAGAUAAUUAAGAAAAAGCUCGAUAAGAGGAAUAAACCUACUGUAAUUGAAGACUUUACUCAUCAAGAUGUUGCAGAAACAAUAAACAAGUUUGAAGAUUUGAGCUUCAAAGUAAAAGAUGCUAAAGCAGCUUCAGGAGCAUGCAAAUCCUCAUUUGUACUUUCCAAAAAGUUAGAGACAAUGAAACAGAAGAAGGAGAGAGCUCCUUCAGCAAAUCAAAAGUUGCAAAUUCCAAAUAUAGAGAAUGACAAGGGAUUUCGCAAGUUUAGCACCUAGC